AUGUCUCGUCCAUCGUCCAUUUCUCAGCGUCCACUGACGCUGACGGAGGAACUGGAGAAGCUCGAGCAAUCCAUCACUCUAACCCUGCAAGAAAUCGACCAUAACUUUAGCCAAGCUCACCGAAUCGUUACAACGAGUAUCCUCCCUCUAGUCGAACAAUAUGCGGAACAUUCGAGAGAUGUUUGGGAGGGAGCGAAG